AUGACAAAUAAUAAUUAGAAUUUUACAAUCUAAAACAUUCCUGAACAUAUCAAUUAAUUAGUAAAUUUUAAAAAAUGGAGACGAGUAGGAUCAAAUUUAAAAGGAGCAAUAAUGAUUGGAAUAAUUGAACAUUGUAUUUAUAAUAAUGAAAUUGGUAUAUUGAAAGAUAUGACAUCAUUAACAUAAUAUAAUAGCAAUGAUAAAGCAUAGAAAUUUAAAAUUAUCAUUAAUAAUGCUCUAAAGAAAUUAUAAGGCAAUUAAAUAAUUGAUUUCAUCAUAGAAAACCUAAUAUAAUAAAAGGAUAUAUAUAAUAUUUAAACAUAACAAUUUCUUGAUGAAUAUUUAAAGUAAAAAUUCCACCAUCCUCUAUCAGAUGAUGAUUUAAUAUAAGACUUUUAGAAAAUCUUCAAAAUUAAAUUGAUUAUUGCAAAAUUUCCACUUCCAAAAAAUGAAAAUUAUUUACCUAUCAAUUCAAAAGAUAAUAAUAGUAUCAUUAUAUUUAAUUUGGAUAAUAAAUAUUACAUUAUUUAAAAAGAUUAAGCUUCCUAAACUCAAAAAUGUAGAUGUUGUUAAAAUACAAAUCCAAAAGAAUUACAAAAAAUACAAUGUAAUCAUUUAAUUUGUCUUAUUUGUUUAAAGAAAUCAUUUUCUGAAAAUUAAAUUAAAUUGUAAUUAAUAAAAUUGUCCUUCAUAGAUUACCUUGUAAUAGUUUGA